GUUGCAGUGAAGGCUUUUGACUCAACAAGAAUUACAUACAUACAUUAUUCACUGAAUAGAAAUCUAAAAGUCUUUGGAUUUGGGUUCGGAUCUGUUCCAAAUUUCCAAUAUAUUUCAGAGAGAGGCAGAAAAGGAAGAAGUAAAGGAGAUGGUGGGACCAGUGAGGCCUCAGUUUGUGCUCUUUGGCUCUUCCAUUGUUCAGCUCAGUUUUUCUCUCCAAGGUUGGGGUGCUAUUCUUGCUCACUUGUAUGCUCGCAAGGCCGAUAUAAUUCUGCGAGGAUACUCUGGUUGGAAUUCAAGGCGUGCUGUGCAAGUUCUGGAUGAAAUUUUCCCAAAGAAUGCCACUGAGCAACCAGAAUUGAUAAUUGUGUACUUUGGUGGUAAUGAUUCUCUUCUUCCGCAUCCAAGUGGCCUUGGUCAACAUGUACCUCUCCAAGAAUACAUUGAAAAUAUGAGAAAGAUUGCUAUCCAUCUGAAGAGCCUUUCAAAGAAGACUCGCCUUAUAUUUCUUGGUGCUCCUCCUGUCAAUGAGGCACAAAUUUAUGGAACCAGUGUGCUACAAGGGCAGCGAUUAAGGAACAAUGAAUCUUGUCGAAUAUAUUCAGAAGCAUGUUUGGAGCUGUGCCGUGAGAUGAACAUCAUGGCAAUUGAUCUGUGGUCUGCACUCCAGAAAAGGGUUGACUGGAGAGAAGUUUGCUUCACGGAUGGAAUUCAUCUUACUUCUGAGGGGAGCAAUAUAGUGGCAAAAGAGGUAUUGAAGGUCAUCAAAGAAGCAAACUGGGAACCUUGCCUGCACUGGAGGUCAAUGCCAACUGAAUAUGGAGAAGAUUCACCUUAUGAUCCUGUUGGCCCUGAUGGAAAGACAAGUUUAAAUAUCUCCAACUGGACCUUCCUUGAAACCAAGGAAUGGGACUAGAGUUAUGUGUAUUUGAAAACUAUAGACAUGCCCCAUUACAUAGAAUCCUAAGCAAUAAAUAAUGACAAAAUAACAGGAAUUUAGAACUGUGGCUAAAGGAAAAUAUAUCUGCAUAAUUUUUCACUGGGUUUUCACCAUGUGAGUGGGAUGAAUUGGUGACUAUAAUUGCACUUUGAUUGAGCCAAUUGCCUAGUUGUUUUCUCCAUCUUAUGGUUUUGUCUUUCGCUAAGGUUAUAUACAAUACAUUAUACAUGGAUUGGUGGAGGCAUUAUAGUUACAGAACUCAUAUGAUCAA